CGUCCUGAGCAUGUUCUGGGUCCAGGGCAGCCUCUGCUGUCCCGGGGGUUUUCAGGGCUGUCCUGGGGUAUCCUGGGCUGUCCAGGCUGGCCUGGCCUAUCCUGAGGCUGUCCUGGGCUGUCCUGGGGUAGCCUAGGGGCAUCCUGCGUGUCCUGGGCCCUGAGUCAGGAUCUGAAGCUGGACUGGGAGCCAUGCCCUGCUGCUUGGACCUAUGGCACAGCAGGCUGUCCACCCGGUGCCCCGCAGCACCUCCCACGCCAGUAACCUGAGCUGCUUCCAGUGCUUCAAAGCCCAAAGCAAGAACCAGUGCCACCCCACCAAGUGCCAGGAGGGCCAGCAGGUCUGCGUCUCCAACGAGGUGACCGUCUUCUCCCGAUCAAGGAUCCGAGUUCUCCUAAGCAAGCGCUGCGCUCUGCAGUGCCCCAACUCCAACAGUGUGUUCCAGUGGAGCGUGGCCACCCGCCUGCAGGGCAGGAUCACCAGGCGGUGCUGCUCCCAGCCACUCUGCAACGCGGCGCUGGGCCUCCGCGCCCUGCCCGGGGGGCUCCCGCUGCCAGUGGCCCUGAGCAUUGCCGGAACCCUGUGGUAAAGACCCUCAGCCUGUGCCUCUGCCCCACUGGCAUCUCCUGCCCUCCAGCUGCUGUCCACCUCUAUUCCUGCCAGGAUGCCCCGGGUUCUCUCCAGGGGGCGCUGAGCGGGAGGCCGCCCGGGCCUGGCGAAGCCGGAGGAACGGGAGACACCACAGCUGCGGUCCGACCCUCACCCACUCUUCCCUCCACACUGGCCCCUCCGCCCAAGGUGCCCGGGCAAGGGGGUGCCCACGGAGGGGCCCUCGCUGUCCCCCCCACACUGCUCCAAGACCGGGUGGCCCCACAGGCCCGCCCCCCUCCUGCUGGGGGAAUCACCUCACCAGGCUCCCUCUCUCCAAACAGAGACCCACUGUCCCUGGGGUGGCGUUUGCUAGGUUAUUG